UCUGGCGAUUGCGUAAGCUCACCAUGAACCCAGAAAUCCUAAUGACCAAACAGCCAUCACAGCAGAGUCAGGAAGAAAAUGCACAAUCACAUAGCACCGCCGCGCAGGAGCAUGACACUCCACAAGACCAGCAGCUGCAGCACGGCAACACCGCGCAACAAGGUGGUGGCCCGACGUCGUCCAGCCACCGGCGCAAGAUCACGUUGAUUCCGCUCGUCUUCCUGAUCUACUUCGAGGUGGCCGGCGGGCCGUACGGGUCCGAGAAGGCGGUCCGCGCUGCGGGGCCGCUCUUCACGCUGCUCGGCUUCCUGGUCUUCCCCUUCGCGUGGGGCGUCCCGGAGUCGCUCGUCACCGCCGAGCUCGCCUCCGCGUUCCCGGGCAACGGCGGCUUCGUCCUCUGGGCCGACCACGCCUUCGGCCCGCUCGCCGGCUCCCUCCUCGGCACGUGGAAGUACCUCAGCAUCGUCAUCAACAUCGCCGCCUACCCGGCCCUCGUCGCCGACUACAUCGGCGGCGUGGCCCCCGUGAUCGCGGAGCCCGGCAGAGCUCGCACGGGCACGUUGAUCGGCAUGACGCUGUUCCUCUCCUUCUUGAACUACGCUGGCCUGAGCAUCGUCGGGUGGGGCGCGGUGACGCUAGGCAUAGUGUCGCUAGCCCCGUUCGUGAUGAUGACGGCCAUGUCGGUGCCCAAGCUGCGGCCGCGGAGGUGGGCGUCGCAGGUGAAGGGGAGGAAGGACUGGAGAAUGUUCUUCAACACCCUGUUCUGGAAUCUCAACUACUGGGACAGCGCGAGCACGAUGGCCGGCGAGGUAGACCGGCCGGAGCGGACGUUCCCGAGGGCGCUGGCAGUGGCGGUUGUUCUGAUCGCCGUCAGCUAUCUGCUGCCGCUUAUGGCGGCGACCGGCGCCACGGACGCACCGCCGGAUGCGUGGGUGAACGGCUACCUGGCCGAUGCCGCAGGCAUCAUCGGCGGUGGCUGGCUCAAGUACUGGACGGGUGCCGGCGCGGUGAUCUCGUCCAUCGGCAUGUUCGAGGCCCAGAUGAGCAGCGGCGCGUUCCAGCUCCUGGGCAUGGCGGACCUGGGCCUCCUCCCGGCCGUCUUCGCCCGCCGCGCCGCCCUCACAGGUACCCCGUGGGUGGCCAUCGUUGCGUCGACGGCCGUGACGAUUGCCGUCUCCUUCCUCGGCUUCGACGACGUGGUCGCCACAGCCAACUUCCUGUACAGCCUCGGCACGCUGCUGGAGUUCGCCUCCUUCCUCUGGCUCCGCGCCAAGCACCCGGAGCUGAAGCGCCCCUACCGUGUGCCGCUGGCGCUGCCCGCGCUCGUCGCCAUGUGCGCUUUGCCGUCGGCGUUCCUGGCCUACGUGUGCGUCGUGGCCGGGUGGAGGGUGUUCGUCCUGGCCGCGGGGCUGACGGCGCUCGGCGUCGGGUGGUACGGCGCCAUGAGGGUGUGCAAGGCCAAGAAGCUUCUCAGGUUCAGCAACGCGGUUGUUGCUGCCGACUAUCGGGAGGCCGAUGCUGGAGAGACAGUCUGA